GUUGAAAGAGGUCAUAUUUUAUGCCUUGCGGUAGAAAACAGCAGCGACUUGGACGGAAGACGAUAUCGUGAUGCGUACUGGGAAAAAGAAUUAUCCAGUAAAAGUAACCUAAGUACCAGGAACGUUCUGUUCAUGAAGUGUCUCGAAUUCGGCGAUGUAUAUUUGCGAGUACCGAAAGCAAAGGUAGCAUUACUGACAAGCUUCGAAGCUUUGCUGCUGAAAGCUAUACGUGAUGUGGAUUUUCGAUUUCGCUUCCAUCAGGAUAGAGAUUUAUUUAAUUUUGUAUGCCAACUUCAAAUCGGCCAUCGUGUCGUCGUGCAGAUUCGAGCAUCAGCAGAUUCAGAGGGACGAGCAGGACUGUUCAUGCCAGGCUGGAUCGCAUAUAUCGGUGAACCCGUUCCGGACAGUGGGCUGUUAUUCGGUGUGCUUCUUGAGAUUCGAGCAUCAGCAGAUUCAGAGGGACGAGCAGGGCUGUUCAUGCCAGGCUGGAUCGCAUACAUCGGUGAACCCGUUCCGGACAGUGGGCUGUUAUUCGGUGUACUUCUUGAGAUUUUUCGUUUUUGA